AUGGAAGGACUGAUAUCCUCCCAAAGUCUCGACGUCUCGGCAGCCACAUGGAAGCCUGAACAGCCUGGACAGCCCGAGCUCCCUGCUGCUGCGCCGACUUUCCUUCCAGUCAGAAUUUCUGACUCGGGCUCGUUGGUCUUGGACCCAGGCCAGACCGAGGAUGCCUACAUGAAGCAGCUGCAGAAGCUCAGGCACAGCAAGGAGACGCUGCAGAAGGCCGGGUAUGUGAUGCAACCUUUGACCGAGGUCGAACUGGACCAGAAGAAAAAGUGCGGAAGAUGCCACAAAGUCGUCUUCAAGAAGCCGUUCAAGCGCGCCUUUAAUGGAAAGCCAAAGCCAGGCAGCGAUACUGUCGCAGCAUCUGCGACCCGACAGGGACCAUCAGGUGGAGCCACAGACGCCGUUUCCAAGACAACCCAACGCGACGAGCGUUCCAAAAAGCCUCCUGCAAAUGGACCUCAGCCGGAGUGCAGAUACCACAGCGGACACUUCAAUGGCCGUACCUGGAGCUGUUGCAAGACUGGUGCAUACAACCAGCCCUGCGAGACUGCGGCUGAGCACAAGACUGCUGAAUACAAGCCAGGAGAGCUGGAACGGCAGUAUCGGUACUACCAAACACCAGCUGCAUCCUCAUCCGCAGUUCGCCGGGCCGUAGCAAUCAGCGCCGUCGAUUACUUCACCGCCGAGGUGCUUGUCGACAAGUUGGUUUUUCCCGACGACCCGCUCCUCAGCUACAACAGUCGCUUCUCUGGGGUCAACCAUGCUCAGAUGACGAGGGCCAAGUCAAUGGGAGACUGCUUUCUUGGAAUCUCAGCAGCAAGAGGAGCUAUCUGGAAGUUUAUUGGACCAGACACUAUCGUAGUCGCUCAUUCCGGCCAGAAUGAUCUCAACUCUCUGCGUUGGCUUCACGGCAACAUUGUUGAUACUCAGUUGGUGGAGUCACUGCCGGUGAUGAAACUGGAGAAAGAAGCCCGGGAGAAGGAGGCCAACGAGAGGGAGGCCAACAAGAAGGCCCGCGAGGAACAGGCCCUCCGUACGACUGGAAAGGAGGGGCCGAGUGCCAAGGCAGCCACGAACCCUAGAUCGAAGGAUUUGGCACAGCAGGAAGCACAAACGACGAAUCCUCAGAAGCCAACCGAACCGCCCAAGAAGAAGGCCAAAGGCUCUGGUCGAUUUUCACUGAAGACGUUGACGAAGGAGCGCGUUGGUAGGGAGAUUCAGAUGGGCAAAGAGGCACACGACAGCGUUAUGGACGCUAUUGCUACCAGGGACGUUGCUCAUUGGAACGUUCUCAACUUUGGCCAUGGCUUUUACGAGAUCAAGAGCUCUACUUCUUGA